AUGCCUCCGAGAGACCCAGAAUCCAACGGCGAUGCUGAAAAGCAAGGCGAGACGCUUAUCAAGGAAAGAUCCACGGCGGAAUCCGUAUUCAAAGGACUCGGGAUCUUGGAUCGGUUCCUGGCGCUUUGGAUAUUCCUCGCUAUGGCAGUUGGCAUCAUUCUCGGAAACUUCGUGCCAAACACCGGGCCGGCGUUGCAAAAGGGAACCUUUGUCGGAGUCUCGAUUCCCAUAGCGGUCGGCCUGCUGGUUAUGAUGUACCCGAUCCUGUGCAAGGUGCAAUAUGAGUCUUUGCAUCGAGUGUUCAAAACACGAGAAAUCUGGAUCCAAAUGUGGUUUAGUAUUAUUGUCAAUUGGAUCAUUGCACCCUUUUUUAUGCUGGGAUUGGCAUGGGCCUUUCUUCCCGAUGAGCCUGCGCUCAGAGAAGGGCUUAUUCUCGUGGGAUUAGCACGAUGCAUUGCAAUGGUCUUGAUCUGGACUGGCCUUGCUGGCGGCGACAACGACUAUUGCGCGAUCCUCGUGGCCAUAAACUCGCUGCUCCAAAUGGUUCUUUUCGCACCUCUGGCCAUCCUAUUCAUACGAGUAAUUAGUCACUCGGAGGAUCAAGUCAGCGUUUCCUAUUCCGUCGUUGCCAAAAGCGUCGCUGUAUUUUUGGGUAUCCCUCUCGGUGCCGCCAUCGUCACCCGGUUCAGUCUUCGAACUCUUGCUGGGCCAAAGUGGUUUGAUAAUGUCUUCCUUAGAUGGGCGGGGCCAUGGUCUCUCAUUGGACUCUUGUUCACCAUUCUCAUCCUCUUUGCGUCUCAGGGGGAGCAAGUCGUACACCAAAUCGUCUCCGUCGUCCGCGUUGCCGCACCUUUGAUUGUUUAUUUUGUCGUGAUUUUCUUUUGCACUCUGCUGGUCGCGUAUCGGUUGGGUUUUGGGUACAGGUUGUCUGCGACUCAAAGUUUCACGGCUGCGAGCAACAAUUUCGAGCUCGCCAUUGCCGUGGCCGUGGCGACCUUUGGCGCACAGAGUGACCAAGCCCUGGCAUCCACAGUUGGUCCCCUGAUCGAGGUUCCAGUGCUCUUGGGCCUGGUAUAUGUCGUCAAGUUCAUUGCAAGAAGGGUGGGAUGGCAAGCCUAA